CCCUGGCUGCUGAGCCAGCUCGGUCGCAGGAGCCGGCUUUUCCCCUGAAACCCUCCCUGCUUCGGGCAUGAAUUCUUGCCGCUGGCCGAGUCCCUCUGCCGGCUGCCGCGCACCGACCCGGCAGCACCCCGCGGAGUAGCCAGGCCGUAGCCGCCGACGCUUCACAAGCCCACCAUGAACUGGGGAGUCUUUGAGGGGCUCCUGAGCGGGGUCAACAAGUACUCCACGGCCUUUGGGCGCAUCUGGCUGUCGCUGGUCUUCAUCUUCCGCGUGCUGGUGUACCUGGUGACAGCGGAGCGCGUGUGGAGUGACGACCACAAGGACUUCGACUGCAACACCCGCCAGCCAGGCUGCUCCAACGUCUGCUUCGAUGAGUUCUUCCCCGUGUCCCACGUGCGCCUCUGGGCCCUGCAGCUCAUCCUGGUCACGUGCCCCUCGCUGCUCGUGGUCAUGCACGUGGCCUACCGGGAGGCUCGGGAGAAGAAGCACCAGGAGGUUGCCGGGAAGAACGGCGGACGCCUCUACGCGAACCCCGGGAAGAAGCGGGGCGGGCUGUGGUGGACGUACGUCUGCAGUCUGGUGUUCAAGGCCGGCGUGGACACUGCCUUCCUCUACGUGUUCCAUUCUUUCUACCCCAGGUACACCCUGCCCCCCGUGGUCAAGUGCCACGCUGCUCCGUGUCCCAACACCGUGGACUGCUUCAUCUCCAAGCCCUCGGAGAAGAACAUUUUCACCAUCUUCAUGGUCGCCACGGCCGUCGUCUGCAUCCUGCUGAACCUCGUGGAGCUGAGCUACCUGGUGGGCAAGCGGUGUCGCGAGUGCCUGGCGGCGAGGAGGACCCCGGACUCUCCCUGCAAGCAGGAUGACCUCCUCUCAGGGGACCUCAUCUUCCUGGGCUGCGACACUCCCCCCGCUCUCCUACCAGACUGUCCUCGAGACAACGUGAAGAAGACCAUCCUGUGAGGGAGGGGCUGAGGGGCUGGUGCACGGCUUGGGUGGGGGUUGGAAGCUUCCAGAAUCUCCCCUGGGUCCAGCCAGGCAACUGGGAGCUGAGCCUGGAGUUGGAGGAGCCAGGCAGCCUGAGAUGCAAUCCCUGGUUCCCAGAUGGCUCCAGGCUCUGCAGCCUUGGACAAGUUACACACCGUACUGGGCCUCAGUUUCCCUUAUGUAAAGAGAGUCUGGGGGCCACAUCUCAGGGUGGUUCCCAGGAGGGAUUUAGUAAAAGGACCUGCAAGGUGUGUGGCCCCCGAUCGGGCUUAAUAAAGGUCAAUGCAUUCGCUGGU